UAUAAUUAUUAAAUUAAUUAUGUUAAGAGAUAGUUUGACAGAGAGAGUAGAAUGACGGUUUUUUUAAAGCAUAAUGGACGCCGAUGGGAAGUCGUAUGUGUAAUUUGUUUUAAUGUUGUGUAGUAUGUCUUGUUUGCAGUUUAUUUAUUAUAAUUAACAUCCAAUUGUGGCCAGAUUUUAUUAAUAUUAUUUUAUCCAUAAAUGAAUCUCAACCACGGCGUCUAUCAAUCGCAACAGAGUACUUUAUUGAUCAAGAGAAAUAUUACUAUUUAGUGCUAAUCCACUUUAAUGCAGGUUCAUGCAUAGGAUUUCUCACAUUAGUAGCAACAGGAUCAAUGCUCUUUUCAUAUCUUCAACAUGUAUGCGGAGUGUUUAAAAUUGCUAGUUAUCGUAUUAAAAAUGCAAUAGAAAUUUACACACAAAGUAUUAAUCUAAAAAACAAAAAUUUGGUUCAUAAGAGUCUUAUUUGUGGUGUACAUAUUCAUCGAAAAGCAAUAAUGUUUUCCGAAUAUUUAGCAUCUAAUUUUGAGGUGUCAUUUAUGUUUUUAAUAGCGUUCGGAGUUCUUACUUUGAGUAUUAAUACUUUCCGACUUUUUCAGAUUCUGUCAUCUAAGUAUAAUAUUCAGGAACUUGUAUUAAUCUGUAGUAUAACGUAUAGUUGCUUUAUAUACAUGUUUCUCGCAAAUUUUAUCGGGCAAGAAAUUAUAGAUCACUAUAAUCUCGUAUUUAUCACUGCAUAUGAAAUUCAAUGGUAUAUAACUCCGUUAUAUAUACAAAAAUUUAUUCUAUUUUUAUUAUUAAGAGGCAAUAAAUCUUUUGGCUUGAGUGUCGGUGGAUUGUUCGUGUCGUCCUUACAGUGUUUUGCCACGCUAGCAAACGCAUCCUUGUCUUAUUUUGUCCUUAUGUAUUCUAUGGGAAAUUGAUAAAAAUAUUUUUAUCAAUUAAUACACAUUAUUAAAGAACAAACGUCAACAAAAGUAAUAUUUAUAUUUUCUUAUU